AUGUUGCUGGACAUCUUCGGACCCUUGAAAAAGUUGAUCAAGUUGGGCACCGUUAGCAUCGACAACAACGUGUUUCGGCUGCACUAUAAGGCAACGGUAGUCAUACUGAUCGCCUCAUCAAUGCUGGUGACGACUGCCCAGUACUUCGGGGAGCCUAUCAGAUGCAUACAGACGGACGACGUGCCCGGGGAGAUGUUGGCCACCUAUUGCUGGAUUCACUCCACGUUUACGUUACCGCACGCCCUGAACAUGAGGCCGGGCGAGGAGGUGCCCCACCCGGGCAUCAGUAAGUACACGGAGGGCGAUAAGAAGACCUACCAUUCCUACUACCAGUGGGUGUGGAUCGUACUGUUCCUCCAGGCGCUCAUGUUUUACGUACCGCGAUAUCUGUGGAAAGUAUGCGAAGGGGGACGACUCAAGAGUCUGGUGCUCGGCCUCAAUAAGCCUGUGUUGCCCCAGAAGGUGAGACAGGAGCAGAUCGGGCUACUGGUGCUGUACCUCAAAGCUAACCUCACGUACCACAACUGGUAUUUCAUUUAUUUCGUGAUCUGCGAAGUCCUCAACUUCGUGAACGUCAUAAUCCAGAUGUAUGUCAUCGACGCCUUCCUCGGCGGCGCCUUCAGGAGCUACGGUCUCGAUGUACUGAAGUACUCGGAAAUGGAU